GGUAAUUUUUUGAAAUGUGCAUUUCUGUGAACCCUUGUACACACAUCUGUUUUUGGUAUAAAUUAAGUGCACUGGUCUAAUGUUGACCACAUGCUGGUGUCGUUGGUGUACUGAGAAAUACUGUUUGUUCAUUAGUGGUCCUGUGGUCUGAAACUGAUCAGUAAAAAAUGGGGUAGGGGUGGCUGACGAAGUUUGCAAGACAACAGAUGGGCUCUAUUCUGUACCUGUACUGUUUAUACAGUGGCCCCCAGUGAGCGGAAGUAAAUGUCUUUCUAAGAAAGUGGGUGGUGACUGUAUUAUUUUUGAUACAUGGACAACUGCUUGUGAGAGUAUCUCUGGCGCCAUCUGUCGGUAAAAAUGCCCCCAAUAACAGGCGUAAUUGUUAGGCAGGUCCUUACAGGCGAAACAAAACGUAAAUAAUGUUGCGAGCAUUCUAAAGAAUACUUGCCACGUGAUGAAUUUUCGUGAUUACUAAAAUUAGUAAGAUAUUAGUUGUUUUAUUAGAGCAUAUGCAGAUUAUGUGGAUUUAGACGCAUUGAUCACCGCAUUUUCAAUACAACACGUCCUGCCAAGACCUUUACAAUAGUUACAGAUUUGGUCGUCUGCCUGAAACCACACAACGUAAUGAGCUCUGUUGUUUAUUCUUGGUCCAUUCAUGUUUAUUUUGAGCCGUAAUUUGGCUUUGACUGGCUCCUAAAAGCCCGAGAGCAGUUGAUGUUCGUGCUCUAAACGCUGUUAACAAGUCCCUCGCUGUCCGGCGACAUGUCCGGCGUGGCUGGCGCUGGAGCGGCUGCCUCUGGCUGCGGUCCGACUAUAUUUGCCUCAGGCGGCUCGGGCAUCGCGGCCAGGCUUCCCAGCCGAGUCCUAGAGCACAUCUUCUCCUAUCUGGACCUGUCGGACCUCACCAGGUGCUCUCUGGUUUGCUGGCACUGGAACAACUGCCUCGCCGACGAAAACAGCGAGGUGUGGCGGAGCCUGUGCGCCCGGUUGCUCAGCGAAGAGGCUCUACGCUCAGAUAUCCUCUGUAACCUGCCAACUUAUAAAGGAAAGCUGAAGUCCUUCCAGCAUGCUCUGAGCUCACAUGACUGCUCUAGGAACGUGUAUGUGAAGAAAAAUGGUUUUACCCUCCACCGCAACCCUGUCGCCCAAAGUACAGAUGGCGCUCGUGGUAAGAUUGGCUUCACGGAGGGGAGGCAUGCCUGGGAGAUCUGGUGGGAGGGGCCGCUUGGCACUGUGGCAGUGAUUGGCAUUGCCACCAAGAGGGCGCCCAUGCAGUGCCAAGGCUACGUAGCCCUGCUGGGCAGCGAUGACCAGAGCUGGGGGUGGAAUCUGGUGGAUAAUAACCUGCUUCACAACGGCGAAGUCAACGGCAACUUCCCACAGUGCAACAAUGCGCCCAAAUACCAGAUAGGGGAGAGAAUACGUGUGAUUCUUGAUAUGGAUGACAAAACACUGGCUUUUGAGCGAGGGUUCGAGUUUCUGGGUGUGGCAUUCCGGGGGCUUCCCAAGACCUGCCUUUUUCCUGCAGUUUCAGCUGUGUAUGGUAACACUGAAGUUACUAUGGUCUACCUGGGAAAACCUUUGGAUGGCUGAAGAGCACCUCGGUGCUACAUAGACAUCACAAGUGCCAAGGAGAUGUUCUACAGGGCAUAAAAAAUAUCUCUGAGCAGUGAGUGAAAGUCAAGCCUUCUGAGUAGAAAUCUGCAUUUUUACGAAGGGCACAAUGAAUGAGGCUCUCCACAGCACGCAUCCAUGGAUUCUGCAGGUCUUUGGAUACUUUUCCUGAUAGCUAAAGACAGUUGUUUUUAAAACUGAUUUUAACCUAAUUUGUGAAAAGACACUGGGCUCUCAUAAUCAUUGUUAAUCAACCAGAUUAGAUGGCAGGUACCCCUAGUCUUAAUUCUAACUGUAAUCCACAGUCACAGAAUGCAUUUGUAACACAUUGGUGUUACAACACAGUGGUGAUGGCCUGUAAGUACUCUGUUGAUACAAUGAGGGGACGGCUUUAGAAUUUCACUGUGCGCCACAAACCCAACAGAUGUGUAGGCAAAUGACAUGCCAAAAUAAUGUUAUUAUUACCUCUAUACAUUUUGACCAUUUGGAACCUAAGAGCAAGGCUGCUUCACUAGAGGAGUUAGUAUUUUGCAUGCAGUAUAGUCAAAGCUGUCUUUCACCAUUGGUGUUUGUGCAGGAAAUCCAAAAGAAACCUAUUGUAAUAAUGUUACUGUACUGCUCAAUUGUGAUGUACUAGUGUAUGAUAUUUAUUUAUUAGAUUUUAUCCUUCGUAUGAUUGAGAUCAUGGAACCUGUAAAUAAACUGUAUGGUGCCAGUCUGUAAAAGUGUA